GGAAAGAAAACGAGAAAGAGAGUGAGAGACAAAGAGAGAAAAGAGAGAGAGAGAGAGAAAAUGGAAUUUCUCUAUUUCACAUGUCCUCACUUUCUUCAUUACAGAUUAAUAAACCUAUUAAUGAAGAUGGACGAACUCCUUUAAUGUUGGCCUGUUAUGAGGGCGCCGAUAGAAGAAUCAUCGAAAUAUUGAUAAAAGCAGGAGGAGAGGUGGGAAGAAAAGACUCAAUUGGUUAUACAGCUUUACAUUGGGCUGUGUUUGGGAAUCACCUUCUUGCUGUGGAGAUCUUACUAUCUCGGGGCAGUGAGGUCAACGCACAGUCUAAUGAUGGUCGCACACCGCUGCACUUGGCCUGUUGGUUGGGAUCCUUGCACACUGUCGAGCUGUUGCUGGGUCACAAUGGCAUCGAUGUCAAUGUGGUUAGCAACAAUGGAGACACACCACUGCAUGAUGCAGUUCAGCGCCAACACUAUAAUGUGGUGUCUGUGAUGCUGAACAAG